AUGACUCAAAGUAAGCAAGUAUUAACUGAAACCCUGCAUAUCAAAAACUGCAUAUUGCCGCCACGGUCCGCAAGGGGCCCCGCGCCGCCGCAACCGCCUGCAUCGCCGUCGGCCCGGCGCGCGGCGCCGUCUUGGGACGCGCCGGCCUCGCCGACGUCCUCUGCCUCUCUGCUCCUCCCCCGACGCGCUCGCGCCAAUGACGUGUCGGACCUUUGCAUCGGCAAGCCGACCGUGAGGUCCCUCCCGCUCUCUGCGGCCGCCGGCGACCUCGCCGCCACGGUCCGCAAGGGGCCACGCGCCUCCGCCACCGCCUGCAUCGCCGUCGGCCCGGCGCGCGGCGCCGUCGUGGGACGCGCUGGCCUCGCCGACGUCCUCUGCCUCCUCUACUCCUCCCCCGCCGUCGCGCUCGACCGGCCCGUCUCCGCGCUCCUCCCCAAGGAUGGCGCCGACGAGGUCCGCCACGUAGAUCCCCAUUCAAGGUACUCCUCCUCCCCCUCUUGGCACUUUUUUUUAGGAUGA